AUGAAGACUUUGUUCAAGUCACAAGAUUUGUGGGAUCUUGUUCAAAAUGGGUAUGCAAAAGCAAGCACAGAUGAGACACGUCAAAAAGAAAAUCAAAAGAAAGAUGCAAAAGCCUUGUUUUUCAUCCAACAAGUUGUUGAUGAAACAAUCUUUCCUAGAAUUGCUACAGCAAUCACAUCACGAGAUGCCUGGAACAUUCUCAAAACUGAAUAUCAAGGAGCAGCAAAGGUGAUCACAGUUAAACUCCAGUCCCUAAGAAGGCAGUUCGAGACCUUAAACUUGAAAGCAAGUGAAACCGUUCAAGAGUACCUGGCAAAAGCAUCUUCGAUUGUGAUUCAAAUGCGUGCUUAUGGAGAUAAAAUCUCUGAUGAAGUUGUUGUUGCAAAAGUACUGAGGAGUCUACCUUCUAAAUUCGACCAUAUUGUGGCGGCUAUUGAAGAGUCAAAGGAUCUUGCAACAUUUUCCUUUGAUGAACUAAUGGGCUCACUACAAGCACAUGAAGCGAGAAUCAACAGAUCUCAGACUCAAGAUGGAGAACGUGGAUUUCAGAUCCAAGGAGAACAAGGUAGAUAUUCCUUUGGUCGGGGAAGAGGCAGAGCAUCAUCUUGUGGUCGUGGUCGAGGGAGAUCACAAGGGUCACUAGUUCAAUGUGAUCAUUGUAUGAAGUUUGGUCAUAAAGAAGAAGAUUGUUUUACAAAGCAAAACAAAGCAAAAUACACCGAAGAGGAAUUUGAAGAGAAGGAAGAUUACUUGUUCAUGACCCACAUUCAUCUGAUUGAUGUCACAAAGGAGAUAUGGUAUAUAGAUAAUGCAUGCUCUAAUCAUAUAACCGGUGUACGUGACAAGUUUAAAAGCCUGAACAAAACAGGAAAAUCACGUGUUCGUCUCGACAAUGAUCAACCAGUUGCGAUAGAAGGAAUAGGAGUUAUGAUGGUUUGCAUCGAAGGAAAGGAUAAACUCAUCAAUGAUGUUCAUUUUGUGUUAAUUUUGCACCAGGUCUGGCCCACAAUCUGA